AUGGCUGUGCGGCAGUUGUCUACCAUAAACGUUUCUCAACUUGUCAACUUUAUGGACAUAAUGGUCAUUAUAAUGGAUCACAAGUGGUACCAGCCGAUACCCAUGAUUUCUAUGAGCGUACAAGCUGGGCAGGUCGCUAUUUUCGUGCCUAAACGUGGCUACAAGCAACGUCCACGACAAUAUGCUGCCAGCCUAACGCCUGUUCGAAAUCCUAUCGAUAUCUCCCAAUACAGUAAUCUUCUGGAUCUUCGAGCAGGAAGAGAACAUACAACGGAAUCCACGACAACUGCUACAGAAGCUAGUAGUACAUCCUCAGUAUUGAUUCCGAUGGUUGAGGAGGAUGAGGGAAUACCUCAUGAGGAACAGCGAAACGCUAUUAGUUUUUUGAAUCCAACGCAUAGCAGCGAGUGUUCGAAGAAAGAAAAAAUCAGCUACUUCGUAUUGUUUGGAUAUCGUCUGGCAUCCAGAAAUGUAGCCGCAACAUUGAAAGGAAUCGAUCAAAGUAGCUGCGUGAUGUACUGCAGUCAAAACAUUAAUGCAAAUGGCGAUGUUGUCCCGUGCUAUUCGGCAAACUAUGAACCCAUAGAGGAAAAAUGCUAUCUUUAUGGAAAACGAUCCAGAUCCGAUCGCCAUACAGCUCAUCUGGCCGAGGACAGCAAUUAUAUUUUUGCGGACAAAUUUUGUGUUGAAACGAAAAAGGACUGCUCAGCCGAAACUCCAUACAUCGUUUAUCCGUUCAAACAAAUGCAUAAGAAAAUUAUAACCUCAUAUCCUGGAAUGAAUUCUGUUGUGGCUUGCGUGGCCGCAUGUAUUGAUAGCAAAAAGUGUAGGGCUGUCACCUAUAAAAUUGGACUUUGUAUCCUUCACGGGGCAUCUCCGGCUACUGAUUCUGGACUACUCGUGCAGGGAAACGAGCAGACUAUGGUGAUUGAGAACGGCUGUCAGCUGACCGCUUCAACUCUUCCUGCAUUAUUAUCGAAUAUGUUAGUGAAUCGAUGUUUCGAACGAAUUACAAGAAGAACCAUCGACAACUAUCCACCGUUGGCCGAAUAUCAAAUGGAAACGCUUAGAGCUUGCGCUGAUUACUGUAUAAUGGCAGCCGGAAAUGAGCGGAAAAAAGAACCUCUAUGUCGUUCUUUCACUUAUAAUAUAGCGCUAAAGAUAUGUCAUCUCUAUGAUCAUGACGGGAUGAAGGUUCCUGCAAUUCUUUAUCCAGCAAUCGGUAUUGAUUUUUAUAAGAGAAUCGAUAAAGAUGAGAUUUGCAGGAGUACAUUUCCUUUCAAAAAUAAUAAUGCUAACUUCGCAGUCAUUGGAUCGCCUACAUCUGCACAAGAAAAUACUAAUGAGGAAUUCGAAUCUCUCGGCGAAAUUGAGACCUUCAGUUCGCGCAUUCGAAACCAGGAUAUCCCAAACGAAAAAGCUAUAACGAUUGAUGGCGAUCUUAAAGUACUCCAGAAAAAACCUACAAAAGAAUUUGGAAAAAUUAGCAAAAAUACUAAGGAUGUGGCCGAAAGCGAACAAUGCUUUACUAGUAAUGCAUACUACGUAGUAAUCGGAGAUGAAAUCGUUCGACCGAUGAAUAACGAAGGUACGGUAAAGGGUCCAAAUAAGGAAGAUCUCGUAUGCAACUCGUUAAAUUACUUCCCACUCACACGUAAAUGUGAACUGUACAGUAUCCUAGCCGAACCACAUGGUCCUGGGACCUUAGUGGAAAAUCAGGACGUCAUUUAUGCCGAGAAAUUCUGUUUACCAGAGUCGACACAAAGAUGCCAAAACGACGAGAUUUUCAUUCUUCACGUACAGAAGAGUUUGUCUAGGAUUCCAAUCCAGCAAACACCUUCUGGAAGUAUUACAUCUUGUCUACAAGCUUGCCUCAACGUGUACGCUUGUAAGACAGCUGUAUUCAACUCAAUAAAAGAGCAUUGCGAACUGUACAGUGAAAAAGUUACAAAAUCACAAGAAUCCAUCAUCGAUACACCGCCAGGAUUUGUGAUGAUUGAAAAUGGAUGCGAUGGAAAUGGAGGAGGAUCAGUAAGAGGAAGACCUGUACAAAAUCAUAAAACGAUUAUUUCAGAAGAGGCUCGAACGAUCGGCGGACAACUGGAAACAAGAGCGUGUUGA